CUCUGCACACGAACGUUCUGACCGCUGCACCGGAUCCGGACAGCGGACGUUGCUGACGUUAUCCAAAAUUUGCUCCCCGAAAAGGCAACUUUCCAGCGCGAAUCCAAUUUACCCACAAGCGCUCGCGACCCCACCACCGCCCCAGCAUUGGCCUGCAGCGGCUGCCGCUGCCUCCGAUUUCUCUUCCCCCUCCUGCAUCCUCGUCUGACUGGCUCAUUCGUUUCGCAUCGUAUCUUUAUUCGUUUCAUGUAUGCAAAAUGUUCACCGGUAACGGUAUCAAGAUUUUCACCGGCACCAGCCACCCAGAGCUUGCGGAGAUCAUAACUAGACGGCUCGGCAUCCCGCUCAGCAAGGCUGAGGUGACGAAGAGCAGCAUCGGCGAGACGAGCGUGCGCAUCCUGGACUCGGUGCGCGAGGACGACGUGUACAUCAUCAACACGGGCUGCGGUCAGGUCAACACGGCGCUCAUGGAGCUCUGCAUCAUGGUGCAUGCCUGCAAAAUCGCGAGCGCGAAGCGCAUCACGGCGAUCGUCCCCCUCUACCCAUACGCACGCCAGGACAAGAAGGACAAGAGCCGCGCACCCAUUACGGCCAAGCUCGUGGCGAACAUGAUCCAAAAGUCCGGAUGCGACCAUGUCAUCACGAUGGACCUGCACGCGUCGCAAAUCCAGGGCUUCUUCGACGUUCCUGUAGACAAGUACCUCUACGCGGAGCCGUCUACGAUCCAGUACAUCCGCACCAACUUCGACCUCUCCCAAAUAGUGAUCGUCUCACCGGACGCCGGUGGUGCGAAGCGGUACGGCACGUCAAUAUCGGACCGGCUGGGUGAGCGGAAGAAGGCGAACGAAGUCUCGCGGAUGGUCCUGGUGGCCGCGUCAAGGGCAAGAUGCCAUCCUCGUCGACGACAUGGCGGACACGUGCGGCACGCUCUGCCUCGCGCGCAGCACCUGUCGGAAGCGGGGGCGUCGCGCAUUUUUGGCCUGGUUACGCACGGAAUCCUAAGCGGCAAGGCGCUGAAGAACAUCCAGGAGAGCGCGCUGGAGAAGCUGAUCGUCACCAAUACGCUGCCGCAGCAAGAGAACAUGGCGAAAUGCGACAAAAUCGAGGUAAUUGACAUCGGGCUGGUGCUUGCCGAGGUGAUCAGGCGCAGUCACUACGGAGAGAGCGUGUCGAAGCUGUUUGACGAGGUGCCAUACUAGGAGGACUGGCGGGCGUGUGUGCAUGUCGAUGUUGCGCAAAUCUUAAUGUAGGAUCUCGGUGGCGGCCUGCGACUGGAGCGGAGCGGUCGCCGUAUGUAUUGCAGUAGAAUUUGGAUACCUCAUAGAUGACACAAGA